AUGGAUGGACUCGUGGGUCCAUCUUUACUGUUUGGCGAAUCAACGCCUGAUCAGGCUUCGCGGAAAGGGCGGGCAGCGUGUAACCCCUGCCACAGGCAAAAACUCCGGUGUAUCCGCAAGCCGGAGGAAGCCCGCUGCGAGCGAUGCCUCAGAUUAGGAAAAACUUGCCAGUUUUCUAUCCGCGCACCUCAGGGCUCUCUGAAGGCUCAGCGUGCACAACAGAUGACGAGGCCUUCACGGACAGUUCUUAUCCCCGCCUCAGGUACCAUACCGAAUGCGCAUUCAGAUGCGAUGACUGGUCAGGAAUAA